AUGAAACCUCUUUCACCACUCACCCUUUCCUUCCUCCUCUUUGUUUUCAUCACCAAUCUUUCACUAGCUUUCUCAAAUGAAGAUGUUGAGCAAGUGUUGGACGUUAAUGGCAACCCCAUUUUCCCCGGUGGCCAGUACUACAUCCGGCCAGCAAUCCGUGGCCCUCCCGGCGGAGGAGUAAGACUUGGAAGAACAGGUGAUUUAUCCUGUCCAGUCACCGUCCUACAAGACCGCCGAGAAGUUAAAAACGGUCUACGAGUGAAAUUCGUCAUACCAGGAAUUUCUCCUGGUAUAAUUUUCACUGGUACACCAAUUGAGAUAGAGUAUACAAGGAAGCCUAGUUGUGCAAAAUCAUCAAAAUGGUUAGUAUUUGUUGACAAUGUUAUUCAGAAGGCUUGUGUUGGUAUUGGUGGUCCUGAGAAUUACCCUGGUGUGCAAACAUUGAGUGGAUUAUUUAAGAUUGAGAAGCAUGAAUCUGGAUUUGGUUAUAAACUUGGAUUUUGUAUUAAGGGUUCUCCUACUUGUUUGGAUAUUGGGAGGUUUGAUAAUGAUGAAGCUGGAAGAAGGUUGAAUUUAACUGAGCAUGAGGCUUUUCAAGUUGAGUUUGUUGAAGCUGAAGCUAAUGAUGCUGAGUUUAUUAAGUCUGUUGUUUGA